AGUGACGUAAUUUCCGCCCUGACCAAUCAGCGCGCCCGGCACGUAUUUCGAAUAUGAGCGCCCGGAUAAGAGGCGAACGUCGCGAGAAUACAGUAUUUUAGUGACUAAUUGAGUUAAACACUCGUUUUAACGCCAACUAUUGUGUAUAGAUACAGAUUCCGGUAGGUUGUAUCCACGUAGCGUCCACCUUUUAUGGUGAAGUUGUCGCCGUUUUAGUCCCGCUUGACACCGAGCUAACGCUAUAGCUAGUUUGUUUGGCUAGGUGGCUAGCUAGCUAGCUAGCGUGUUUUUUUAAAAAGUGUAUUUUUUUCGCGCCAAUUCAUCUAAAAUCUUCAGUUAUGGCGAGAGAACGGAUCAUGAAGAAGCCUCACCGGCAAGGUUUGGAGGACUUGAAGGGGAAGAUGACGGAAAAGAGGAACAAAAGUCUCGCCAGGGCAGCGACGCUCAGCAGAGGAAAGUUCGGUCUGCUAAACAAAAGCAGCGGAAUGAGGGCAACGCACGCUGGCAUCCUGAAGGGGGCGCAGGAGAACAACAAGGCGCUGGCCCUGGCUCUGCAGGCAGAGAAGGAGAACGUGAGGCAGGCUAAAGUUGUCAUCCUGCACAUGCAGAAGGAGCAGCAAGCACUCUUCCUGCACCUGCUGCUGCUCAGGAAGAAACUCCAACAGCAGGAAGCAUCUUCUCUGCAGAUACAAGCAGCAGGCGUCCCUGUGGAAAACUGCACGGACUCAUUAAGGAGAGAGCGCAUCAGUGAGACCAAGACAACUUUGUGUGACAUCUCCACAGAUUGUGCAGAGCAUCCUGACACACAGCGUCUUGUUCUUCUGCCUUCCACGGUGUCUGUGAGGCGGCGACCUGCAAGAGAAAAGAGCAGGAGGCGGUGUGAGCGCGUGCAAGAGUGGCGCUCCUGCGGUGACUUGGAGUCGGUGGCUCCUCCCCCUAGUGGUGACGCAGCGAAGCCUCAGGAUGUCCUCCAUGCUCCACUUUCUGACCCCGACCACACAGAAAGACUGCAGCCAAUCAGAAGCGACCCGCCGCCGCCCAACAGGAAGCGAUGCCGCUCCAAAGCAGAACCCUCCGCACUGAAAGCCGCAGAGCGAGGCCGCAAGACGGAGCGUGCCCCUUUGAAGAAGCCCUGGGAGAACCCCAAACCCAGGACACGCUCCAAGAGUCGGGACCGCUCGGUCACGCGGUCCAGAGCGCCGCCGCCAACUAACAUGAACUCCUCGCUGGGCUUCAACGACACCUUUGACUUUGACUGUGAGGAGGCGGUCCAUGUCACGCCCUUUAAGGCCAAGUCCGACCAGGCGCCGCCUCUAAAGGAAGCGGAAGUGCGCACAGUGACGCCCGCCAGGAGUGACGACGGCUCGCCCAUGUCGCCGUCCUCCGAGUCCAAUGACAGUCUGUAUGUCCCCAAGACCACCAGGAGGAGGUGCACGUCUCCCCAGACCACAAUGAACAUCACUACCCGGAGAGGACGUCUCUCCAGGAAGGACAGCAGCCCCAACACACCUGAGGCUGUCCAACAGGAAGUGUAUGAGGUGAGUCCUCAGGUGGAGGUGGAGAUGAAGAGGAUCCACAGUGUCCUGGCCAUGUUUGGAGAGGCCGGGGUUGACCACGUCACGCCGCCCAAGCAGACCAGCCAGCGAGCAAAGACGUGCAAGAAACGUGUGAGGACAGCAGGGCGGGGCUUGAGUCUGUGUGAUGUGACCAAUAUGUCCCCCGCAGCCUACGGCCGAGCGCGCUGCUCCACGUCCGUCCCCGCCCGCAAGCGGCGUUGCACCAUGGUGGUGGACUACAAGGAGCCCUCCUUACACGCGAAACUGCGUCGUGGAGACAAGUUCACCGACACGCAGUUCCUCACCUCGCCUAUUUUCAAGCCGCCGCCCGGCAGGAGGUCCAGGACUUCAGUCAAGUUGGACAAGUACAACGAGUCCUUUGUUGGAUGUCGCUGAUGACGGUUCCAUGAAGGGCCAAGCAUUCUGGUGACUCUAAGGUGGAAGAAGAGCCAAGUGAGUGUUGGUGUUGGUGUUGUGCACUCACUGAACACUUGUCUCACCUUCACAUGCUGCAGCAUGUUCUUCAGUGUGAUGUACAGCUGCUCUGGAUCCUUCACCUCCUUCCUGCACAACACACCUCAUUCACAUCAUCAUCUUACUCUAUCAAGUCAAUAUCAAUGCAGUUGUUCCUCCUUUACUGCUGUUAAACACUUCCACACCCAAUAAAAGCAAUUCUAAUUAA